AUGAAUGUCAAGGAAAUAACAAAGAUUGGGAAGAUACUGGGUGAAGUCUUAGCCAUUGUUCCAGAAGAUGGAGUUCCAGCUGAGGGUGAACAUGUUAAAGCUUGUGUUCAAGUAGAUAUUAAUUUUCCUUUGAGAAGAGGUGUGAUGGCAAAAACAAAUGCUGGUUCAACUCGUUGGAUUAAUUUUUUUUAUGAGAAGCAGCCACACAAGAUAUGUCCCAAUUGUUAUAUUCUUAAUCACAAUAAGGAUGUAUGUAAGGCAGCUGCAGACUACUUAACUAAGGCUCAUGCUAAGCCUCAUUAUUUUGGGGAAUUAAAUAUUGGUGCUACAAAGCAGACUGUGAUUGCUAGAGAUGGGGAACAGAUUCCUGCAGUUAUUCAGAAGAAGAACACUAAGGGGAAGGUCUUUGUUUCUCCUAAAGAUGGAUAUGUGAUUGGUUCUACAUAUAUAACUAGAGGAGAUAAUGAAGAUGAUUUUUUGGAGGAAAGACUUGGAAAAAGGCAGAGAAGUGAAAAUCCAGAUAUUCAUGUUUUUGAACAUGAAAAUGUUGCUGACAAACUUGUGAAAUCACAGACAACUAACAUAAUCACAGCUAGGGAAUUGCAAACUGGAAGCACUGUUGGAGCCAAGGGUAUUGAUAAUAACUUUACCAAACAACAAUUUCAAAACUUGGUUAAAACUCAAAGCCCUGACUUCAUAUUUCUUUGUGAAACUAAGAUAGAUAAGAGUAGAAUGAUAUCAAUUGCUCAGUCAAUCCUUUACCUCAACUAUACUUGUAUUGACAGAGUUGGUAUUGCUGGUGGUUUAAUUCUUAUGUGGAAGGAUGGUAUAUAUGUGGAAAUUAUAGGAUGUGAAAACAAUAUGAUUCAUGGUUCUACUUACUCUGAACCUAAGAAAAUUCAAUGGAAUUUCUUGGAUGAAUUCAGUAAUGAUGUUCAAAAACCAUGGUUAGUUAUAGGAGAUUUAAAUUUCCAUCUGGAUAAGAAUAAUAACACUUCUGAUAAAUGGAUUCAAACAAAAGUUAAUGAUGCGGGUUUGCUUGAUAUUGUGUUUGAUGGGAGAGAUUACACUUGGACAAGUAACUCUUAUGAAACUGGAAGUAGAAAGGCUAGAUUAGAUAUGGCACUUAGCAAUAAUGAUUGGGGUCUUAAUUUUCCUUCUGCUAAAUUGCUUCAUUUGAAUUUCAUUGCUUCUGAUCACUGUCAUGUUUUGCUUAUAACUGACCCUAUUCCUAAGCAUCUCUGGAGACCAUUUAAGUUUUUUAGAACUUGGUUAGGUCAUAAUGGUUUCAAAGACCAACUUGAUAAUGCUUGGAAUUUGGAUUUUCAGGGUAGUCCUGCUCAUCAACUAAAACAAAAGCAACAUAGUGGUAGGAUAACUUUGUCACAAUGGAAUAAGAUGGAAUUUGGGGAUAUCCACAAAAAUAUUAAAAACCUUCAAGAUAGUCUGGAAACUGUUCAAAAUGAAGCCUUUUCUGACACUCAGCAUGAUAGAAUUAAAUUUUUUACUAAUGAGCUUGAAAAAUGGUAUAAAAUACAAUCUGAACUCUAUAGAGAAAAAUCUAGAGAUAAAACUGGUCUAGAUAUGGAUAAUAAUACUAUAUUUUUCCAUACUAUGGUCAAUAAAAGAAUGCAUUCUAAUACCAUUAAUGUGCUUUGUGAUUCUGAUGGUAAUUGGUUGAAGGAUAGAACUAAUAUUAGUAAUCUUCUUACUAGUCAUUUUAGAAAAGUUGCUAGUACUUCCAAUCCUGUUUUUACUAAUAAUGUUUUUGAUGUGAUUCCCAAAAUUAUUACUGAGUCUGAUAAUGCUAUUCUGAAUGUUAUUCCUACUGAUUCUGAAAUUGAGAGUGUUGUUAAGAGCAUGCCUGCAUGGAGCUCCCCUGGACCAGAUGGGUUUCAAGCAGAUUUCUAUCAAUCUCAAUGGCAACUUGUUGGUAAGGAUAUUAUUGAAGUUGUGAAAAAGUUUUUUCAAUGUGGUCACAUGCCUAGGAGUCUUAAUAAAACUUAUAUUUCACUUAUUCCUAAGUGUAGAGAAAUUCAUGACAAUAUCAUUAUUACUCAUGAAAUGAUUCAUUCUAUGAAACAUAAGGAAGGAUAUUCUGGUACUAUGGCUCUUAAACUUGAUCUGUCAAAAGCUUUUGACAGACUUGAAUGGAAUUUUCUAAAUGAGAUUUUACUGAAAUUUGGUUUCAGUACUGAUUUUUGUAAUUUUAUCAUGCAAUGUGUUACUACUACCAGUAUUAGUGUUUUAUUGAAUGAUGACGUUCUCAUAUUUGGUCAAGCUGAUAUGCAACAUGUUAAUGAAAUUUUGAAGCUUUUACAGAAUUUUGGUACUUUAUCUGGUCAAAUGCUAAACUUUGAUAAGUCUUGUGUUUAUUUUAUCCAUAAUCUAAACCUUGAAUAUUGUGAAUUUCUUGCUGGAGCUCUUCAAAUGUCUAUUGUUACUGAUUCUGAGAAAUAUUUAGGUGCACCUUUAUUGCUACGACACUCUAAGUUAAAAUCUUUUGAUCCUAUUGUGCAAUCUUUUGAGGCUAGACUUAAAAAUUAUGUGAGUAUCACCUUAAAUAAAUCUGGUAGGUCUACUUUGAUAAAAUCUGUUUUGAAUUCUUUGCCAACUUAUCAAAUGACUUGCUUUAAAAUUCCUACAACUUUGCUUAGUAAACUUGAUUCUCUUCAGCUUAAUUUUUGGUGGGGUCAUAAGACAGGUAAAGGCAUCAAAUUUGUAGCUUGGGAUAGUAUUAAUCAAGCAAAAGAGUUAGGAGGCUUAGGAUUUAGAAAUCUUGAAACUUUUAAUACUGCUCUCAUUUGCAAAACUAAAAUUUGGCUUGAUAGCUGGGUUAUUGGACUUGAUCAUCCACCUAUUCCUGUUGAACGUCUAGUGAACACUGUUUCAUAUACUUACGUUUCUGAUCUUUUUAUAGAGAAUACUAGAUUCUAG